AUGGCUGAAGAUCUGACAGAAGAGCAGGUGGAAGAGUUUAAGCAGGCCUUCACGAUGUUUGACACGAAUGGGGACGGCACCAUCAACGUCCAGGAGCUGGGCCAGUUGAUGCAGUCCCUGGGCCAGAAUGUCCCGGAGGACCAGCUGAAGGUCCUCAUCGCCAUGGUGGACACCGACGGCGACGGUGUCAUUGACUUCCAAGAGUUCCUGGCAGCGAUAGCCAAGAGGAUGAAGGGCAAGGACACAGAGGAAAACACGUUGGCUGUCUUCCGCGAGUUCGACGUAGACGGCAACGGCCACAUCACCGUGGCAGAGCUCAAGCAGGCGAUGGGCAAGCUGGGUGUGAAGCUGUCCGAGGAGGAGGUGGAUGGGAUGAUCCGCGAGGCCGACGUCGACCAGGACGGGAAGGUGAACUACCAGGAGUUCCUGCGCAUGCUCGCUGAGAAGUGA